AUGGGGGGGAGCAAAAAUGACAGUUCGCAGGCGAACAAGGGGGGAGGCGGGGGCUCGAGCAAAGGCUCCAAGGGGGCGAGUAGCAAGUCCAAGGCGGGGGCAGACAAGUCCGCCUCGGCGGGGGCGCCCCCUGGGGAGGAGGACCCGGCGGUGAAGCCGCAUGAGAGUGCAGCGGUGAAGAAUGAGGAGAGUGCAGCGGUGAAGAAUGAGGAGGGUGUGGCGGCAAAAACUGAGGAGAGUACGGCAGUAAAGACCGAUGAUAGCACAGCGGUGAAGACCAAGGAAAGCACAGCCGUUGCUGCGGGGAGCGCCGCCGCCACUGCGCCGGGUGGCCAGGCGCAGGGCAAGGGGUCGAGCCGGGGGGGCAGCAAGGCGGGCGCGAAGGGGUCCGGCGGUUCCAGGAGCAGGGAGAAGGGUUCAGCCAGUGCGGCCAACGGAGCAAAUGCGGCCAACGCAGCAAAUGCAGUCAACUCCGCCAACGCCGCUAAUACGGCCACCUCCGCUAACUCCGCUAAUAGCGCCAGUGCGGGCGCCCCCCCCGGCGGGAGCAAACCCGCGAAGGGGGGGAGCAGCAAGGUGAGGAGCACGGGGAAGGCGCUGAGCUCGCUGUCCAAGUUCAACGACUCCUACGCGCUGAUAUUCCCAAACGCGCUGCCAGUGAAGCAGGUGAUGUGGGGCCUGGACCCUCUGAACAAAGUCUGGCGGUAUUGCUCCAUUGUGUAUGCGAGGCCGAAGAAUAAAAACUUUAGCGACCUCAAUUUUAUCUUCCCAUUGAAUUUAAGCAAAAAUGAAAUUAUGAGUAAAUUUUCCACCGAGCUGUGUUCCAAUUCGGCUCAGAUGAAGGAGAGCGAUUACGAUUACUACGUGCAUUGGGAGAGAUUCGACAGACGUCUGGACUGUUGGCUGGCAUAUAAAAAUUUGCGUCUUCUAGAUGAGGAGCCAGAUGAUGGUUUGCCAUGCAUUCGAGAUGUAGACAAUGAAGAGUCAGAGCAUGAUGACCACGCGGGAAUCGAUAAAGAGUACCUAAGGGAACAUGAAGAAAAUACGAAACUAAAAACGAUAAAUCAAAUAAAAUUUGGAAUGUACCUAAUCGACACGUGGUAUUUCUCCCCCUACCCAAAGGAGUAUCAAAAUAUAGACGUCCUCUACAUUUGCGAAUUCUGUUUAUCCUUUUUUAAAGAAAAUGAGGAGUUGCUUCGACACACGGAAAAAUGCGAAAUAAGACACCCACCUGGGAAUGAAAUAUACCGAUGCGAGAACAUUUCCAUUUUUGAAAUUGAUGGGAAUUACUUUCGAAUUUAUUGCGAAAAUUUAUGCUUCCUUUCAAAGCUAUUUUUGGACCAUAAGACGCUAAAGCAUAGAGUCAAUUUGUUUUUAUUUUAUGUAAUCACCGAAUUUGAUAUGUACGGGUACCACAUCACUGGGUAUUUUUCCAAAGAGAAAUAUUCCAAAAAUAAUGUGUCUUGCAUUUUGACUCUUCCUCAACAUCAGAAGAAGGGCUAUGGGAAGUUCCUCAUAAAUUUUAGCUACUUUUUAUCCCAGACGGAGAGACGUACAGGUACUCCUGAGAGACCUCUUUCCGAUUUGGGGGUAGCUUCCUACAUGGCCUACUGGUAUGAGACCCUCCUAAAGGUGCUCAUAAAUUAUGAACAGCUCUCCAUUCAGGAGCUCUCCGAAAUUACAAGCAUUGAGACCAACGAUAUUAUUUCUUGUCUUGAGGAGAAGGACAUUUUCAAGAGCGUCUCCAAUGGGGCGGGCGAGUCCGUUUACUACAUCAACCCGCAGCAGCUCCAGUUCGUUCUUGCCAAGGUGGGCCAGAAGAACUACGACUUGUGCCGGAGCAAGCUCCACUGGGUCUCCUACGAUUAUUACUUGGCCAUGUACGAGUAG